CGGGCGUCAAUAUGGUUGACUUUGACGAAAAGAGUGGAGUGAUUUGGAGUUCGACUAAAUGGGGAAGUUGGGGUCAAACUAUCGAGGAAAUAUUCAUUAAAGUCGAUCUACCAGAGGGUACAAGCUCCAAGCAAGUCUUAUGCAAAACUACGGCCAAAUCAAUCCAAUGCGUUGUGAAAGGGACCGUUGUGUUUGAGGGACAGACGUACGCAUCGAUUCUUACCGACGAAACCAUAUGGACGAUAGAGGAUAAAAUAUUACUAAACAUCAUGUUGGUGAAAUCACAGCGAAAAGCGAGCGAGUGUUGGAAGUCGUUAUUGGUUGAUCAGUACAUCGCAGAUCCACUGACGUUCAUGGAAAUGGAAAAGAAGUUGACGCUUGAAAGAUUUCAAAGCGAGAAUCCGGGAUUCGACUUCAGUGGCGCUGAAAUCAGUGGAAAUUACCAAAAAGGUGGACCAACAUUACCAACGUACAAUGACUGAAAUCGCACUCACCGAAGGACAGCAUCUUUCUUCAUUCGCAGAAACAACGCGCUACUUCUAAAUGAAUUUAUAACUAUCUAAACGUGUCGGUCAAUUUAAUGAAGAAAAUUCCUUGAUAAAAUUAAAUUUAUUAACAUCCCA